ACUUCAUUGUUAACAUAAAGGAAAAGCAGUAACACUCGUGUCAGAAUUAUACUCCUGUCGAUGGCAACAAGGCAGUUCCUGUUCCACUCGCUGAAUGAGGUCACGGGGCGUUCAUUCAUUGUAGUCUGACUUUGUGACGCUAUUGUUGGUGAUAGAAUGAUAAAGUUGAUGGUGGAUUUUGCAAGAUACACCUGAGGUACAGGUGCUUGGAGCUCUUGAUAAUGUGUACUGCGUUACAUGAUCUGUAAAUCGUGGGCUAUGCAUCCUUUACACUCGACUGGAACACCCUAUGCACACACCUAUGCACACAUGUGUUUCGCGGAGAGUGGUGCUCAGCGCUGUGCUAGGUGCUGAAUUAGGCUCUGGGGUGCAGCAGUGACCUGGGUGGUCAUGUCUCCGCCUCGCCCGGCCACCUCCGUUGAGAAACCUGAGCAGGGGGCUGGCUGGAGGCCGACGGCGGAGUUCUGUCAACGGAGCGCCGCCAGGGGGCGCGCGAGGCAGGGCGGAGCUGCGUACUUUGUCCGCCCGCGCAGCCCGUCGCUCGCGCCGCGGCGGGAAUAUCCGACCUGGCCGCGCACCACCGCCCCUUCUCGGCCUUCCUGCAUUUGCCCAGGGUCGGCACGCAGUAAUGGAGGAGGAGGGGGAGACCGAGGAGCAGCAGCGAUUCUCUUACCAACAGAGGCUGAAGGCAGCAGUUCACUAUACUGUGGGUUGUCUUUGCGAGGAAGUUGCAUUGGACAAAGAGAUGCAGUUCAGCAAACAAACCAUUGCGGCCAUUUCGGAGCUGACUUUCCGACAGUGCGAAAAUUUUGCCAAAGACCUUGAGAUGUUUGCAAGACAUGCGAAAAGAACCACAAUUAACACUGAAGAUGUGAAGCUCUUAGCCAGGAGGAGUAAUUCACUGGGCUGCCAGGAAGGAAGAGCAGCAGCAGGGUGUGAGAGAAGCUCCCGUCAGCCUACAAGAUGCCGUUGCCCCCCGGCCUCCUGCUGCUGCUGCUCUCUGGGGCCACGGCCACCGCCGCCCUGCCCCUGGAGGGCAGCCCCACUGGCCCAGACAGCGAGCAUAUGCCGGAAGCGGCAGGAAUAAGGAAAAGCAGCCUCCUGACUUUCCUCGCUUGGUGGUUUGAGUGGACCUCCCAGGCCAGUGCCGGGCCCCUCAUAGGAGAGGAAGCCAGGGAGGUGGCCAGGCGGCAGGAAGGCGCACCCCCCCAGCAAUCCGCACGCCGGGACAGAACGCCCUGCAAGAACUUCUUCUGGAAGACCUUCUCCUCCUGCAAAUAAAACCUCACCCAUGAUACUCACGCAAGUGUAAUGACAGACCUGAAUAAAAUGUAUUAAGCAGCAGCGAUCUUUCCUUUCCUCCUUCCCAGGUCAUUUCAAAAGUGUUUUUUAUUUAAAUUCCAAUAAUGCCCAAUACUGACAUGUCUUAAGUAAUUUGGAACCCAAAGUGAACAUCUUUGAUAAAGAUUUUUUUGCGGUUUGACUGAACCAUGCUAAGUGCGGGCACUGGGCUUUCCUUCUGACGUUCAUUAUGGUGCUGGGAAGCUCUGUCUUUGAUUUAAAAUAAAAUAGUUAAAGGCUACA